AUGCACACACUUUCAGCUGCUAUCUUGGAUAAUAUUUUUAUACAUAAUCAAGCAGCUGAAUUAGAGCUGCACAUUUUCGAGAAGAACCAGAAACAAGCUAUGGAGAAUCAUCAAGACCUAGAAGAUAGUGGAGAAGAAGAAAGCACAAAUCCACUCCUUCCAUCAUCAGAACUUGACCCGGUAUCAAAAAGUGACACGUCUCAAGGGCAAUCAACUCUGAAAUCAUGUUUAGCCUCAGAGUUCCGUUUUCCUAAAAACAAACGAAAACGAGGGCACCGCAGAGCUGGUUCGGGUGGUUGGAGCCGACAAUGCCCAGGUGAACCUGAUAGCCAGUGA